UAAAACUAUAAAAGUAUUUACUUAUGUAUACGAUGGUAAUUUUAAAGGUUGACAUUAAAUUGUAAUUACCUUCAGUAUAAUAAAAUUAGACAUGGACCGUAUUUCAUUAAUAAUUAUAAUUAUUAUAUAUGAUAUGUAUAUGAUUCGUAUAUGAUAAAUUCGUAUAAAAAUAAUAUAAAACCCAGGAUGAUUCAUUGGGUUUGUCACCACCAAUAACGUUUUCUCAAUAACGUUCUUGAAAUCUGAUUUAAUGUAAUUCUAACAUUACAGUACGUCCGUAUUUCAUAUUUUUGGAGGUCAAUUUAUGUAAAGUAAAUAUUUUAAAAGUCAAAUCAUUUAUUAAUUUCCAUUAAACAUUUAAAUAAAAUUAUUUAAGUUUUAAAAUAUGGGCUGCAAUUGGAGACAAUUAUACAUUAUAUUACAUAAAUGUAUAAUUUAUAAACUAUACCAUAAAUAACGACGUAUGAAUUUAUUAAUUUAUUACAUUUAUUAAAAUUGUUUUAGUUUUGAUGCAAAUAUUACGAUUUAUCUGAUAUUCAAUUACAUGCUUUGACGCAAAUGAUCAUCUUCCUACUAUGAUAGGUACAUAACUUAUAGACAGCGAUGACAUUGCAGGAACUCUUUUAAGGAAGAUUUAAAACGCCCUUUGAUAAGAAACAAACAAAGUAAACAAUUUUGAUUUUGACAUUAUUAGUUAAUCUUAUAUAGACACCUCCUUUUGCCGCCGGAAUGAUGUAUAACAUAACAAUUUGUUCCUAUACUCAAUAUUCAAUUGCAAACAAAAAUCUGCCAAAUAACAUGCUACCUAUGUAUAACUUGCCUAAAAGAAGUUUUUAGAUUUUGGUUUCGAGUAGGUACGAGGUUUUUGGAAUAACACCCAUGAACUCGGAAAUAAUUCAAUUAAAACGUGAAACAACCGGUUUUUUUUCAUACAUCAACAAUGUAUUGAUAUUACGCCAUAACAGGUUCAAAAAAAAAAAAAAAAAAAACUAACUACCGAUUACACUUUUUAUUUUUUUGUAGUAUUAUUUUCAAAAAGUCUUAGGUCAAUGUUCUCCCGUUUGCAUGUUUGUCCCCACCGAUUUGAAUACAAACACGUGCACCUAUACAAUUUGUAGGUGAUCAAUAUUAAAAGAAAUUUUCUGAACGCAAUGCAAUGGGAAAUCCGAUGACAGCAGCAUACAUUAAGAUAACAUCGAACUAUAUAAUGUAUUAUUCGGCGACUAGCUCAACAAUGAAUGAAUGCAUAAUAUAAUAUGUGAAUAAAAAAAUUCUGGUCUCUAUAAUAGAGUCCAUAAUAAAUGUAGUAUGCAUGCAUGAUAUACCUAUACGGUUAUAUACCCUGUCGUCGUAUAACAUAAUGUCCGAAAAUUAUGUACCUACGUACCUAUUACAUGUUUGAUAAGAUAAUAAUAUAAUAUAAUGGCAUACAAUAUAAAAUAUAUACAUUGUAAGUAAUAAAAACAAAAAUUCAGAAUGAGAAUUUUACUCAUUUCAAUAAGUAAUGGUUUUGGUGAAAAAAAAAUACCAUUUGUUUGACAUGAUAAGUAUACCUGUAUAAUACAAUUCAAAAGCAUUAUUAUGGGUACUCAAAUAAAUGGAUAAUAAUAAAUAAUAAAAUAUGGCACCCCGAUCACGGAUAGGUAUAUAAUUAGUAUAUUAGGUAUUAUACAUAAUUUUAUAAAGUGACACGCUAGUAGCAAAACCUAAAAUAAAUAAUUUUAUUACGAUUUACGAUGUCAUUAGAUGGGAAAAAAAUGUCCUCCACCUUCCAACAACUAUUUUAGCUCCGUUAGGCUAUUUUUUUGGUUUAUUUUCUACUUUUAAAUUAUAAGAUAGCAAUUAAUAAUCAUAAUUUUAAAUGGUAUUCGGGAUGUCAGAAUAAAAAUUUCCCAAUUAUACAUUAUACUACCUAAAUUAUUAUAAUAUACAUAUAUAUUAUAUAUAUAUUAUGAUUACUUUUUGCCGAUGAUAUGAAAGUCUUUCGUUUAAUUAAAUCACAUUCUGAUUCAGCUCUCCUUCAAAAUGAUCUAAAUACACUAACUGUUUGGUGUAAUUUAAACAAAUUACCGUUAAAUAUUGAUAAGUGCAAAAUAAUGUCGUUUACUAGGUCUCGAUCUCCAAUUAUUAAUGAUUAUACCAUAAAUAAUAUUGUACUUAAACGCGUUUUUGAAUUUUGCGAUUUGGGGGUUACAUUUGACUCAACCUUUUCUUUCAAUAAACAUUAUUUAAACAUAACAAAAAAAUCAUCAACUAUAUUAGGUUUCAUUAAUAGAACUUGUCAAGAUUUUACAAAUUCCGAUGCCUUAAAAAUUCUGUAUUUUUCACUAGUGCGUUCUUCUCUGGAAUACAACUCGGUCGUAUGGUCACCCUCUAGUGUUGUUCAUAUACAGAGUUUAGAAGCUAUUCAAAAUCGUUUUCUUCGUUUUAUCUCUUACAAAUGUAAUAUACCACGUAAACCACACUCUCAAUAUACUCCGUUAUUAAACCAAUUAAAUAUGACCACUCUAGCUGAAAGGAGAAAAAUCAUCGAUUUGAAAUUUCUAUAUAAAAUAGUAAAUGGUUUUUUAAAUUGUCCCGAAUUACUCAGCUGCUUAAAUUUUAAUAUUCCUCAUUGUCGAACUAGAUCGGCAAAUACUUUUUACAUUUCAUUUCAAAGAACUAAUUAUGCACUUUGUUCACCUAUUAAUAGAUUAAUGAAAAUAACUAAUGACGUCCAGAUAGAUCUAUUUAGUUUUCCUUCUUUUGAUUAUUUUUGUAACUAUAUUGCGCAUCUUUAAAUUAUUUCUGCUACCUAUAUUAUUAUUGUCUAUAUUAUAUUUUUAUAUUGUUUUUAUUGUUUUUAAUAUUAUAUUUUUAUUAUACAUAUACUAUUUACUGUAUUUCUUAAUAGAUUUAAGUCUACAAAAUUGUUAUUAAAUUAUAAAAAAUUGUAAUUGGGUUCUACCCGUUUGAAUUAAUAAUAAAUAAAUAAAUAAAUAUAGACAUAAUAUAGUAGAUAUAUAAUAAAUGUAUGACACUCAAGUACAUUAUUGUUAUAGAUUUCAUAAAAAGAUAGAAAAAUCUAUUUUAAUGAGAUAAACACUGUAGUUAAGAGGAGUGAACGGAUCGAGAAUGAUUGUGUACAAUUUUCAAAAAAAGCAACUCAUAUCAAGAGUAAAAUGUUACAAAGGAAUCCGCCUGUUACACUCAAUUUACAAAAAUAUUUGCCAUUACUCUAAAGUGUAGGCGACAUAAACAUAAAUAUAUAAACUGUAAACUUAAUAGGUAUAUCAGUAAUUAUCAGUGGUUAGGUUAAAGGAAUAUCGACAAGUGACCAUAUUUUCGCACAACGAUAAGUUGGGGAAUAAUUGUAUAGGUAUAAUGUAUAUAAGUUUGAUGAAGAUCUACACUUGAUUUUUAUUGAUUUUAAAUAAGUCUGUGACUGCAUAAAGAGGAAUUAACUUUGGGUGGUACUUAAAAUUUCUGAAAUCCCCUUAGAACUUGUGAUAUUAGUCAAAAUCUGUAAUAAAAAUACGAUGUGUCAAGAACUUACACUACCUGAAGGGUAAAACGUCC